AUGACUCAGUUCGGUCGCAUGUGGUGGCUGCCAUUGCUGCAGUGGCUCACCAUCGGAUCAGGAUUAGGUGUGGGUGCCUGGAGCUUUGGACCAGUUCAAUCGGAUGCCAGCCAGGAUACAAAUCGAGCGCCGCAACCCAGCGAUGUGGGCAGCACAGCGAAUCACACAAUACUCGCCAGGCAGCUGAUUGUGGGCACAUUGCUGCCACCGCAGGUUGCGCCGGGCACCUGGCCACCUGUGCCCUCUAUCGUGAGUCCCGGAACCAGCUACUGCCAGUGCGUUCCACCCGGAUCAUGCGCCAAUCCUGUGCCCACCGCACCCAGCGAUGGCAGUGGCCAGAUUGACAUCAGGAUUGUCAACAAUGGAGGAUAUCCCACUGUUCCAACCACAUCUUCCACGCUGACAUGUAGCUAUGGUCUGGUGGCCUGCUGCCAGGCGGGAAGCUAUCAGUGUGGUCGGAGGUUCCCGCCUCCGCCGGGAUCCACUGCCGCAGGGCCUGGACAGGCCAGUUUCGGAGCAUAUCCUUGGCAGGCCGCACUGCUGACCACCGCGGAUGUUUAUCUGGGUGGCGGAGCACUGAUCACCGCACAACAUGUUCUGACCGCCGCCCACAAAGUUUACAAUCUGGGGCUCACUUCCUUUAAGGUUCGUCUGGGCGAAUGGGAUGCUGCCAGUACGAGCGAACCGAUUCCCGCCCAGGAUGUGUACAUAUCGAAUGUGUACGUGAAUCCGUCCUUCAAUCCCAACAAUCUGCAGAACGAUGUGGCCAUCCUGAAGUUGUCCACACCCGUUUCGCUGACCAGCAAAUCCACGGUGGGCACUGUCUGUCUGCCCACCACCAGUUUCGUGGGUCAGAGAUGCUGGGUAGCUGGGUGGGGCAAGAAUGACUUCGGUGCCACCGGAGCGUACCAGGCCAUUGAGAGGCAAGUGGACGUGCCCCUGAUUCCCAAUGCCAAUUGCCAGGCGGCGCUGCAGGCAACCCGACUGGGCUCCUCCUUCGUCCUCAGUCCCACCAGCUUCAUUUGUGCCGGCGGAGAAGCUGGCAAGGAUGCCUGCACCGGUGAUGGGGGUUCUCCGCUUGUCUGCACCAGCAAUGGUGUAUGGUACGUGGUGGGUUUGGUGGCCUGGGGCAUUGGUUGCGCCCAGGCAGGAGUUCCGGGUGUCUACGUCAAUGUGGGCACCUAUCUGCCCUGGAUCCAAACAACGCUGACGUUAUAGAAACCAAUUUUUAACAAUAAACUUUACUGCUUGAUUAAUA